ACAUGGGAUCGUGGACUUCUCAUAAAUGGCACCGUGAAAUUGUCCGGUAAUGAAGAUGUCGACAAAUGCAAGCUGUUCAAGGAUUUCGCUGCUCAGGUCAAGGCGAACGGAGGGCGAAUCGACAAACUGAAAGUUGCCGAUGACUUUGCACUGUUGGAUCCUUGCAAGGUCGAAGACCAGGUUUACGGUACCUCAUGCGGGACGAUGUUCUGUAAUGAAGCGCUCGGAGAGGAAUGUAUCGCUGGAAAAUUGUGUGGAUGCCCGAAGGGACAGAAGCGAAAGGAUGCACAGAGCCCUUGUCGCGUGGUGGAAUCCUUCAAUCUGCCGCUUUACGUCAUACGAGACGGUAAUAAUCCACUGAAAUAUACGCCAGGUCUUGCUAACCCGCGAGAUGACAGACAUAAGGAACUAGUGGAAAGGUUUGAGUCUGGAGUUGGUGAGAGCUACGACAAGACACCUCUCAAGAACGGAUUCGUUUCUGUUGAAGUAAAUGACAUCGAGGAGCCCUCGCUGCGAAAUGCGUCAUGGAUUUCCGGUGUACUGUACAACUUCACAACUCACUUUGUUCGUGGUGCCGUCGGUGCUCCAUCGUCGGUCUUUACCGAUUUGGUCGAUUAUAUCAUCAAGAAAAACAACUAUGAAGUUGGCCAAUCCAAACUGUACAUUUCUCCGGAUCAGAUGAAUCCUUUCACCGCUUGCUACUCGAGCGAUUGUCAUGCAAACGCUAUCUGUACACCUCUUGGAAAGGGAUUCAGCUGCCAAUGCCCGAACGGCUACCGGGAUCUGAAUCCUUCUCAUCCGGGACGACAGUGCCUCGCAUACGUGGGUGUGAACGAAUGCGAGAAACCAGAACUGAACGAAUGUUCUCCGGAUGCACGUUGCAUCGAUCUGGAUUACCUUUACAAGUGUGAGUGUGUAUCUCCGUAUGUGAACGCGGCUCCCGAAGGAGCAGUACCCGGCUCCGUUUGUACCAUCGACUACUGCUCUGAUGUGCACUACUGUCCAUUGAACUCGACCUGUAAAAAUGUCGGCGACCAGGCUAAAUGCGACUGUAACGCUGGUUUUGUCGAUCUACGCAAGUCGGAUAGACUGUCAGAGGCUGGCCUCGGUGAUGCGAUCUGCAUGCGACACACGGAUGUGAAUGAGUGCCUCCUUGGACUGCAUAAUUGCAGUGCAGCAGCGAUCUGUACAGACCUGAAGUACGCUAUACCGAUGGUAACCCAUCGGAAGCCAGGCCGGGUAUGUGCAGCGUUGCUGUGCGGUCUGUGCAACGGCCACGGUGACUGUAUUCACGACAGUGUCACCAACAAUGUCACCUGCGCAUGUGUCGACGGCUAUUCUGGACAGUUCUGCGAGGCUGCUCCGUCAAAUGCAGGCCUCAUUUUGAUGACCAUUCUGGCUCUACUGUUCCUCCUGCUCACGCUGCUUUGCUGCUUGUACCUCUGCGCGCGGUGCCGUUGCUUCGGUGCAAGAGGCAUCAGCGAAGGCAGUGCAAGCGGCCGGGAAAUACUCGGUUCCGACUACUACACCAUUCCUCGUGCCAAGCUGAAGCCGGGCGCCCAUGCGGUAUGCUCUUCGGCAGUACUCCUCGUUAAAAAUGGACAAUAUGGUGUCUGCUUUCAGGAUGAGAUGAUGGGCCAUGACAAUGCUGCCGUUCUUGGCGCAUACUUGGACGAUGGAGCUUCGGUCUCGUCGGACGGCUCUCUGGAAGAGAUCGAACGAAGAGUCACCACAGAUGUCACCACCCGCGAGAUUCGUACUACGACCGUUCGCGAUGAGAUGGGCAACGUAGUCAGCCAAAGUCAGACGGUGUUGCACGGUCCGUUUGAGACGGACACCGAGCAGUACGCGGUGACAUCGGCAGACCACUUCCGUCAGGCGUCAUCGGCCAGCGCAGCUGCUGGAGCCACAGCGGCGUCUCUUCAUGGCAGCUCCGGCCUCAUCACUUCUGGAGUUCAAGGAGCUUCGAUGGGUGGACAUAUGAGGACAGAAGGAGCGUACGAUUCGGAGUCUGACGCGGAUUCCGAUGCCGGUCGUGCCACGUACGAUCGAGUGACGCGAGUCGCCCAAUCGCACGAUUUCCUACCCGGCGCUGAUCCACGAGUGGGAACCGAACGACGACGAAACGAAGUUGUCACCACCACCACUGCUGAAGAAGUCAACUACUUUUAA